ACCACUGAACGAAGACAGCAGCAGCUGCUGCCGCCGCUCCUCCCUCUAGAUCCGCUCGCCGUCCGUCAGCAGUCUCGGCCGCCGUCGUCUCUCCCGCCCGCUGUCUCGCCCGCGCGCCAUCCGCCAGCCGUCUCGCCCGCUCGCCGUUCACGAUCGCGCCGCCUCCACACCUCUUCUUCUCCCGACGACGGCAACGACCAAAAACCCUUCUCGUUGCCUUCCGCCAUCUCGCCGACCUUGCGUCUCGGCGUCCGCCGUCCGCCGCCACCUCUCUCCUCCGACAAGCGAGAUACUCGCCUCUUGACUCGGUUUGACUCAUGGAGAAUACAGAAGCUGUCAAUG